GGUAUUAUCCAAACUUGAGGGACUGACAUAGCAAAUAUAAUUAAAAUUGAUUCAAUCCCUAUUUGUUUCAUAUUCGGCGGUCGGUGAGCAAAAAUAGAGAGAUCAAAAGGAAAACAGAGAAGAAAAGGCAGCUUAGCAGAUUUUGAUCAUAUGGCUAUAUCUUUACGGUCCAAUGUCUGAUCGUUGUGAGAUUUGGAUAGCAAGUGCACAACUCAUUGAGCUUCAAAUCUGUAUGGUUAAGAUCAAGAUCCGACAACUCAUCUGUGAUAUAUCACUACCGGAACAGCGACAUUGUUGAUUUCACCUAAUAAUGGGCUUAACAACACGUAGAAGUUCGAGAGCGUCCAUAAUGGAUUUACCGGAGCUCAUCAUUUUAGAAAUUCUGCUACAUCUGUCCAUUAAAGGGAUUGUAAUGUGCAAGUGUGUGUGCACAACUUGGCAACAUCUAAUUUCUAACCCUCACUUUGCCAAGCAUCACUUUGCACAUUCAAAAGCUGGCAUUCUAAUCUGACCCUCGGAUGUUGGACGAAUUUCAAGAAUGCUUUACUUUAUGGAGCCAUCUGUAAUCAGCGUGAUUGAAGCUGGGCAGCAAGUAAACUUGAAGCUUGAUACCAAAUUGAAGAGUCCUUUGCUUAAUGUUGACGCUCAUGCGAUUGCUUUCAUCGAGGGGAAUACUAAGAGGAAGCGAACCAUUAACCUGGAUACCAAGAAUCACAAGAUCAUUAUAGUGAAUUCGUGUAACGGUUUCCUUUGUUUGUUUGAGCGCUCCCAUAAUAACCCAACCGUUGUAUGCAAUCCGGUCACAAAUGAGUAUAUAGAACUUCCACCAGCUAGCAAUGCUGACGAGAGUACGGUGACUUGUGGAUUUGGAUUUUGUCAACAGAUUAAUCAAUAUAAGGUUCUUAGAGUGUUGUCUCCAGGAAAAAAUCGGCAUGCUAAAUCUCAAAUUGAAGGAACAACAUUCUAUCCUAAUAGGGUGGUUGAGAUUCAUACCCUUGGGACCAAAACAUGGAGAAACAUUGGAUUUGCUCCCAGCUUCCAAUGCAUAACGUCUCCAAUCUAUCUUAAUGGGUCCUUCAUUGGAUCGGAGACGGACUUAGCGGGAAUGAUCUUGUACUCUCAUUUGAGUUUAGCAGUGAGUGCUUCAAAUCUCUUCCUCUACCUUCAAUUAAUCGUCCUAGUAGAAUAAGCUUGGGAAUUAUUGGAGAUAGUCUAUGUUUAUCUGCUACUUCUGGGGUUGAUUUGAUUGACAUAUGGGUAAUGAAGAGUUGCGGUGUUCAAAAAUCUUGGUCAAAGUUGAUCUCUAUCAAUUUUCCAACACUGGGGAGGUGGAAUUCUUGCUAUUUCCAGCUGAUAGGCUGCUGCGAGAAAUUUUUUACAUUCCUUGAGAACCAGAUAAUAUAUUAUGAUCCUAAAAGUGUAGAAUUGAAGACUCUUAAGCUUCAUAGGAUGGGAUUUAUUUCUAAAGCAGUUGUGUAUACUCCGAGUUUUUUCUCCCUCAAGGAUGUGACAGGAGCUAAUACUAAAUCGAUGCAAGAUCAUCUUCUUCUUGGCAUUACUUCAUGUACUAGCUAUUUUUUAAUUUCAUUUGUAAAAGAUAUUUUAGUGCUUUAUGUUGACUACCAUCGUCAAUCCUUCCUCCUUUCAAACC